AGAAGAGUAGUUCGGCUCCCAGUGUGGAAGAUGGCGGCGUUCUGUGCGGUGCUAGCUGUGGGUAGCGGCCGGUGUGCACGGCGCAUGUUGCGGUGGCCUCGAGCCAGCGCGCGGGUUUCGAUCAGAACAGCUGCCCACUUCACUUUCCAGGCGGACCCCGAGCCCACCGAGUAUGGACCAACUCAAAAGAUGAAUCUUUUCCAAUCUGUACAUAGUGCUUUGGAUAAUACUUUGGCCAAGGACCCAAGUGCAGUUAUAUUUGGUGAGGAUGUUGCUUUUGGAGGUGUGUUUCGAUGUACAGUCGGAUUGAGAGAUAAGUAUGGUAAAGACAGAGUUUUCAACACACCCUUGUGUGAACAGGGAAUUGUUGGAUUUGGCAUUGGUGUUUCAGUUGCUGGCGCAACAUCGAUUGCAGAGAUCCAGUUUGCAGACUACAUAUUUCCAGCAUUUGAUCAGAUUGUAAAUGAAGCUGCUAAGUAUCGAUACCGGUCUGGAGAUCUAUUUGACUGUGGCAGUCUCACUAUCCGAGCACCAUGGGGAUGUGUGGGACAUGGUGCCCUUUAUCAUUCUCAAAGUCCUGAGGCCUUCUUCGCUCACUGUCCUGGAGUCAAGGUGGUCAUUCCCAGAAGUCCAAUUCAGGCUAAAGGCUUGUUGCUUUCAUGCAUAGAAGAUCGAAACCCAUGCAUUUUCUUUGAACCCAAGAUACUGUACAGAGCAGCAGUGGAGCAAGUACCUGUAGAACCAUAUUACAUCCCAUUAUCUCAAGCAGAGAUUCUACAAGAGGGAAGUGAUGUUACUCUUCUUUCUUGGGGCACACAGGUUCACGUUAUUCGAGAAGUGGCAGAUAUGGCACAAGAAAAGCUGGGCUUGUCCUGUGAAGUCAUCGACUUGAGAACCAUUUUACCAUGGGAUAUAGAAACCGUGUGCAAGUCUGUGACAAAAACUGGCCGGUUAUUAAUCAGUCAUGAGGCUCCAGUGACGGGAGGUUUUGCAUCUGAAAUUAGUUCUACUGUACAAGAAGAGUGCUUCUUGAACCUUGAAGCUCCAAUAGCUCGAGUAUGUGGCUAUGACACUCCAUUUCCCCACAUGUUUGAACCUUUCUAUAUUCCUGAUAAAUGGAAAUGCUUCGAUGCUCUAAAAAAAAUGAUGAACUACUGACAGCAAAUUAUCUUUAAUAUCCUAGAAGCACAAAAGACCAACAUUUAUUAAGAAUUUUGUGGAGUUGGGAGUGACUCAUCUAAAACAUACUUUUUGGAGAAUGCUGUGGAGUAUAGAAAUACCAGAAUCCUAAACCCACAGACGUUUGACUUCAGGACAAAACAAGUUGCAAGAAAAAAAGUGAACCUGAAUCUCUUUGUUUGGGGAGUUUGUUCCAUAAAAUGGUUUCCAUUUUUAAGGAUGAUGCCUAAUAACAUAAUAAAUCUGAUUAUAUCUUC